GUUACGAAGGCGAAACUCCCGACCGUCACAGCAGCAGGAGCAAGAGCGAGCCAAAACACUGUCCCUCAGCACGUGCAGCAUGGCCACGGCGAGGGCCCAUAAAACACCCACGAAGAAGAAGAAGAGGGCUGACAAACGUGGGUCCGGCAAGCGGAAAACACCGAGGAAGAGGAAGAGCCAGUCCCCUAAGACAGUGCAGGAGAAGAGCCAGGAGGUGCUGAGCAUACAGGCCGUGCAGAAGGACUGGGGGCCCAUCGUACACUACAGGCCCGCGGUGUCGGCCAGCUCCAGGGUGGUGGCCACAGCCUCAGGACGCUCCGUCAAGGUCUUCAGCACCGCCAGUGGAAAGCUCCUGCAGGAACACUUCCACCAUGAUUGCAAGGUGGUGGGUGUCCAGAGCGCAUCGGCCAAAGAGGAUGAGUUUGUGUCCUGUGACGAGGGGGGAACGGUGUGCUUCUGGUCCACAGGCAUAAAGAAGGAGCCAGAGAUCUUCAGGCUUGGGACGUCAUCUCACCGGGAGUCUGUGGUGGUGUCCUUCUCUCUGUUUGGGGAGGAUCGUCAGCUGCUGGUGUUGGUGCACAAUGAGGGCUUCAAGGCGGGCCACUUGCUCUGCUUCUCCACCCCGUACACCACCAACCCUCCGACCUUCCUGGCCAAGGAUGUGGAGCUUGGCAUCAACAAGGUGGCUGUCUCUAGCACUGGAGAACACAUUGCUUUCAUCUCCAAGCACGGGCUCAUCAUACUCACUGGUGGCGUGUCUUGCAAGGAGAGGACUCGCCUGAGACACAUGGUGGGGGAGCGGCCGCUGACCUGCCUGGCCUUCCACCCAACGCAGGAUGUUCUGGCUUCAGGGGAUGUGACGGGGCGCAUCGUUCUCUGGUACAACAUCACCAACACUCGGCCUGUACGCAAGGAGCUUCACUGGCACGAGAUGCCCCUCGCUGACCUUACCUUCUCUGCCAUGGGCAAUGAAUUGUACAGCGGUGGGGCGGAGAACGUGCUGGUCAAGUGGCAGCUCACCUCGCAGCGGCAGUACUUCUUGCCGCGCCUCGGCCUGCCCAUCAGGUUCAUCAGCACCGACACCAAGAACAACCUCCUCAUCACUGCCCACAUCGACAAUGCCCUGUCCAUCAUCUCUGCCAGGGACUUUAAGAAGCAGGGCAUCAUCCAGGGGCUGUCCAUGAACACCGAGAGCGAGGACUCCUUCGUGGCCGGCCUCUGCUACGACAGCCGCACCCGCUCCCUCAUCCUCAAUGGCAGGACGGGGCACGUGCAGUUCUACGACCCUCACAACAACCGCCAACUCCACCAUCUGGACAUAACACUGAGCAACUACUACAGUCAGGAGCGUCACCAGCGCAUCCAGAACACUGAGGUGGAGCACGUGGCUCUCUCCAAGGACGGGCUGAAGAUGGCUACGGCUGAAUACAGGCACGACCUCGAGGCCUCAGUGGAGAUACGACUCAAGUUCUGGCACUUCAAGGAGGAGGAUCAGAGCUGGUACCUCAACACCUCAGUGGACCUCCCCCACCAGAAGCGAGUCAACGGCAUCACCUUCCAGCCCUCCCACCCCCCCGGACAGCUGGCGCCUCUAUGCGUGUCCUGCGGCGAGGACGGGAAGUUCAAGGUCUGGGAGGAGGGGGAUGCGACAGAUAUCUAUGGGACCAAGAGUGUGUGGAUGAUGACCGGCGUUGGGUUCUACCGCCACCUCCCCGCCACCACCGUCAGGAUCUCCCCGGAUGGCUCCCUCCUGGCGGCCGGCUUCGACAACAUCCUCACCAUCUGGAUCCCGGAGUCCUGCCAGCUCAAGGGAACACUCUCGCAGCCAUACCUCACCGAGAGACUAGAGCAAGUGGAGUUUGGGAACAGCGAGGGGUGUUGGUCGAUGGCGGUGACUCGCACGCGUCACUGGGUGUGUACGUGGGACCUCUUCACCUGCACCCUCUCCUGGCGGGUCAGCACCACCUCCACCUGCCUGGCUGUCGACCCGCUCUCCCCCUACAUGGCUGUGUUCUCCGAGGCAGGGUCAGUGUAUGUGUUUGAGCCCCAGAGCAGCGAGUUGGUGGCGAGUCAGAAUGGCAUCAGCAAGUCUCAGGCCACCUCAGCAGUGUUCGUGCCCCGCCUCAGGGACUCAAACUCCUGCACCGUGUGGAACGAGAAGAGCUCCCUCAUGUACAUCACCAAGGACCAGACUCUUCAGGAGGUGGAAGUGACGGCAGACCUCGACACAGCCAAUGACAAGAUAGCCGGGCGGGUGAGGCAGCUGGUGCACCACUCCGAGGCCGGCGUCGCCCCCACACCCUUCGCCGCCCUCAUAGCCAAGACGCGCACCACCGUCGCCCCCAAGGAGGAGGUGGGGCCGGUGGGAUCAGCGGCGCAUGGGGUGCAGGUGGAGAAGGCAGCAGCUCUUAUACAGCAGGUGUUGAGUGAGGUGCGUGUGUACAGGAUGGACUCCUUCGCCGCCCUCACCUCAGAGUUCUGCAAGAUGGUCAUUCCGGAGGCUGUGACCAGCGAGGAGAAGCAGAAGGAAGUCGAAAUGGACCUGCAGAUGAAGUUAAGAGAAAAGACCGAGAAGAAGAAGAGGAAGAAGCUGGUGAAGGAGAAGAAGAACGAGCUGGAUAGAGUUAUGCAGAGUGACUUCAGUGACCUCAUGCGUGAACUGUCCUUGUGACCCGGGUAGGUGGGAUAUGGGAGUGGCCUGUAGGUUGUUAUGCUCAGUGAAUUGGGCUGUUAACCAUUCCAAUUAGUACUCGCCCAAGGAAAAAAUUACUAAGUAUUUGGUAUAAUUGAGCUGAAGCAUAAAAUUAAAAGUUGUCUAUAAGUAAUGAAUGUUGACUUCUUUAUUUUUGUUCCUCACUCACAUUUCCAGAGUACUUUCUUUUCUUUGGUGUAAGUACUGAUUGGUGUGGUGUAUGCAAAUAGGUGAAAAUACCCCAAUUAGACCAUCAUUAUCUAUCUGUUGUAUGAGAUGUGUGGGUGUGGGUGUGUUUUGCUGUUGUGGCAGAGAUAUAAAGAGAUGAAUGGGAAAGGUGUUUGUGUAUGUUGAUAUAGUGUGUUUGUGUGUGUGUGUGUGAGAGAGAGAGAAUCAGACAAGUUUGUUUUGAAUUAGUGUGAGAUGUUUUAUCAUACACAUUGCUAGGCUGAGAAAGGGUGUACCUGUUGACCAGUGCAAAUGGGUGAUAUGUGAAGUAAAAGUUUUUAGGCAAAGUGAAAACCUCAAGGCAAAAAGUAACAGAGAAUCAGCAAUAAAAGCAUUUGUGGAUAGUGCUGAAUAUCUGUUGAAAGUCCCUGUAAAGAAUUGUUAUUUUUUAAGAAUCUUUACUGGAUAAAAUGAGACUUACAAAGA